CUUUCUCUGGAAAAGAGAGAAUUUUCCUCACUUCACUUUCUCUCGUUGCCCAUUCGACAUCGUCUCAUCUCACUUUCUUUCUUUCCUUCGAGAAUCCCAAUUUAUUCAACGCAGUAAAACCCGUACUUCAAUUUGGACCUGGCCACCCUUAACUUUCAGCAAGUAAGUAAUUGCAUUCACUUCAAUUCUGAGAAGAAGAUAGGUUUCUUGGAGGAAAAGAAAACAAGAAAGCCGUAAAAAUGGAGAGCUACGCCAACAGAAAGGUCGUCAUCAGUCUCACUUUCACCACGAUUAUUGGAACACUGGCACUUUUCUCUUGUUUCGCCAUAUUGCAAACAAAUGCUUUCAAUGACGAUAUGGGAUUGUUGAAAUGGAAUCCGUACUGGUUUUCUGGAAAGAAAUACUCCGAGCCUGUCUCCUACUAUGGGGGGAUGAGAGGAGGAAUCGGUGGAUUUCCAAAGAGGGUGAGUUACAACCUUGGAGAACGAUCUUCAUUGUACGGAGGAGCACACCAAAUUUACAAAUGGAGCCCUGUUUACUUCUCGGAUGGUGGAUUGUUUGGAAGAUCUGGAAACUAUGGGACAAAUAACUUAAAUAAAAUCUCAUCCGACGGAUUUGAGUCGGAUGACAAAUAAACACAUUCUUGGAUUGUAUAAAAUCUCAAGUAGCAAGAUUCCAAAUGGUGCAAGGACGACGUGUAUGUAAAUAUAAUUUUCAGCUGCAUACAUCAAAAUUCCACUUUUGUUAGAGGUAUGAAUAGUACAAGGUUUCAAGUGGUUUUAAUUAGUAUUUACCGUAAUUAAUUACAUGUAUAUCAAGUGUUUGCAUAUCUCAAAUUCAAUUUUGGCCAUCCUCCUCGUGACACAAAUCCCGGAAAGGAAAGUUCCGAACGAUAUCACGCAUUUGACACUUUACGUUACAAUGUAUGUACCUUGAAAUAAAUAAAUGAGUAGUCAACAUGUGUAGUAAAUCAUUUGUCACGGAAGGUAAUUAGAGUAACAAAGUAAAUAAAUAGCAGGUUGUUGAUUUUCCCUUAAUCAUGUCUCCUCAAAUAAAUAAUGAUGAUGAAUAAUAUCGCCGUAAAUUAUGCUACUACCAAAAUGACUUUUAGCGACAUACCAUCGGGAAUAAUCUUCACCAUUUUCGGUGUGAUCCAAUUUUCUGAAUUUCACUAAAUUGGCACAAUUAUUAACGACGGUUUCCUCCAUCUCAUUAUAAUAUAUUAUUCCAUUAUUAUGAAUAUUGCGACUGUGUACAUUUUGAAUAAAGUUCACUUAGUUUUAAAUA